CAAACAUGCUGGUCAAGAAGACAGCACGUGGACUGAUAAAACCCUCAUGGCGUCUUACUGGAGUUGCCAGAGCGUCCUGAACACUGAAGGAGGCUAAAAGAGGCUGGGAUGCCAUGAGGCUCAAGUCUCGAAUUUUGUAGAGCUCAUGGAUCCUGGCAUAACAUCGGUUAGGAGGUGGAGAUAUGGGAUGCCAUCCUGGAUGUUAUUGAAACAACUUGAAGAAAGUAUGCUGGCGGUUGGAGAGAUUAGGGGAUUGGGGAAGUAUCACGUGACAGAAUGUAAUUAGCGUCUUGGCACAUCCGGUCACGUGUGCCCUUCUCUGCCUAUGAAACUUAGCGCCGUCUUUAUCGAUAACAAUUUUCUCAAAGUUGCGAAUAGCGUCAUCGCUCUAGACAUCAAAAAAGCAACCAUGCCUUCAGAAUUAGAAGAUCUCGUCGAGUUUCUCCAUCAUGGAAACACCCAAAUCCGUCAAGUCGCGGUUGAGCAUUUGGUCGGCUACUCUGCAACACAUACAACACUGUUCAAGAAAGACAAGCUUCUCCCUGUGAGAGACCUAAAACUCCUGGUCAAAGACUAUGCACCUAUAUCCAAAAAUGUCAUGACCAUUCUCAUCAACAUAUCUCAUGACCAGGAGGUCUUGGAAUGCCUUGCCAAAGACAACGCUUUCCUAGAACUACUAUUAGGACGGAUAACCAGCACCAAAGAACCAAAUGCAAACGAGAUAGCUAUGCUUCUCGCCAACAUGGCCAAGUCAGACGAUAUGCAACGGGUACUAGAACUACAAAGGGACAUCCCAAAAGAGCUAUCAAACUCCAAGUGGGCAAUGGACCAGCUACUCGACUGCUUCGUAAAAGGCGCCGAAGGACGCUACAACAAGUACGCCGACUACGACUACCUCUCCUACUUCUUCGCCGACCUCGCAAAAUUCCCCAAAGGCCGCGCCUACCUCACCACCCCCCAGCCCCACGACGCCAACAUAAUCCCCCUGGCCAAACUCAUCGUCUUCACCGAGCACGCCUCGUCCGUCCGCCGCCGCGGCGUUGCCUCCGCCAUUAAAAACUGCGCCUUCGACAUCCACGUCCACGACCGGCUCCUCUCUGACGCGCCCAUCACCGGCGUGAACCUGCUCCCCUACAUCCUUUUGCCAAUCAUGGGCGGCGAGGAGUACAGCGACGAAGACACCGAGGGGAUGCUCGACGACCUACAGCUGCUGCCCCCGGAUAAGGAGCGCGAGAAGGAGGCGGAUAUCAUUAAGACGCAUAUCGAGACACUGACGCUGCUGACGACGACGAGGGGAGGAAGAGAGGUGCUGAGGCGGAUCAAGGUGUAUCCGAUUGUGCGGGAGACGCAUUUGCAUGUUGAUGAUGAGGAGGUGAGGGAGGCGUGUGAUCGGUUGGUGCAGGUGAUCAUGCGGGAUGAGGAGGGAGAGGGGAAGAAGACGGGGGACAAGGGGAAGAUGAUUGCGUUGGAGGCGGAGGAGGAGGAUGAGGAUGAGCAGAUUGUCGAUAUCUUAUAACGCCGCUAGGUGGUGUAGGAAUGCGAUGGAGCUAUGUCCUAGAAGACGUAGUUGAAUGCAUAAGUGAUUUGGAC